AUGGCUUUGAAUAUUCAUCAAAACUUGACGGUUGAAGAAAAGAUUGCUCGACAUGAUUGCAAUAAUACAGUCUCCACAAGGGAAAUAGUGGUGCAGUUCAAUGCUGAUGUUGCUGAUGGGAUGCAAUGGAAGUUUAUUCCCACACAGAGAGAGGUUAGGGUCAAGCCCGGUGAAAGUGCCCUCGCAUUUUAUACUGCGGAAAACAAAAGUUCUACUCCAAUAACAGGUGUUUCUACGUAUAAUGUGACUCCAAUGAAGGCUGCAGUGUACUUCAAUAAAAUACAAUGCUUCUGCUUUGAAGAGCAGCGACUUCUUCCCGGAGAGCAGAUUGACAUGCCUGUAUUUUUUUAUAUUGACCCGGAAUUUGAGACGGAUCCUAAAAUGAAUGGUAUCAAUAACAUCAUGUUAUCAUAUACCUUCUUCAAGGUUCCUGAGGAAUAAGACCAACAUGAAUGUUCACGUGAAAUUCAAAUAAAAUCUCCUUCCAAUUCAAAGUACAAAGAGGCAGAGCACAUUGAUGAAGCUUGAGUUUUCGUUACUUAUGAUAACCUUGUGAUCAAGUUUUGAAGGUUCAAGGUACAAUGCCAUGACAUCAGUGAAUUAUGCUGAUUUUCUGGUGCUUCUAAGUUAAAACAGCAUUUGGAGUACCUCCUGAAGUUAGCCAUUUAGAUUAAUUAUUUUGCUUUAAAAGUUAUUGAAAUUCAUGUUGGCAAAAAAGGUAUGUUAGAAUAACGUGUAUGGUCAAUGGAAACUAGGAAGGUUUGAGUUUUGGUGUAAGUCUAAUGAGGCAUUUAUUUUAUACUUUUAUAAAACUCAAUUAUUUAUAGAUGAU